AUGUCCAACAGUGCCAUAGAGCGCGACAACCCCCCGCCACGGCGCAAGUCGUGCACGCCUUGCAUCAAGGCCAAGCGGCGGUGCGAGUAUCCCGAUGCGACAACGGCGGCGGCGGCGUGUAUGCGCUGCGCGCGUCGCGGCGUCAUGGUGUGCGAUUACCCACACCACCACCGUCAGAGGACUGGUACGACAACGCCGCAGGGGGUGACGUCGACGCUGACGGAGCUGGCGGAGGUCCGCACCGCGCAGCUGCAAGACUGGCUGACCAUGCCGCCACCGGUGGACAUGGAUAUAGGGCCCCUGAUAAACGGGGUGGACAGGAGCGGCUUCGAGGUCGGUGGUGGUCUGGCGGACCUUGACCAUGCUACGAUAUGCGGUGACUGGGAGUGGCUGCCGGGGCCGUACUUGCACGCCGAGAUGGCGACGGCAGACGACUACAACUACGUGCCGACGCUUGCCUUUUUCGACCCGGGCACGGCCGUGCUGGCGCCGGCGGCGCAGCAGCUCGCCUACAUAGCGGCGCUGCUGCGGUCGCGGCUCGCCUUCGCCGUGGAGCUGAUGCGCCGCGCGCCGCGCACCAUGGUCGCGCGCCUCGAGACGCCCUGGUCGCACCACCUGCUCUACCAGCAGGCCAUGCCGGCGGCGAUGCAGGACGCGCUCGGGUGCUGCGCGCUCUACCUGGCGCGGACGGGGAGCAACGCGGGCGUUGUGUUUGCGCUGCUCGGCGCGCGCGUCCACGCCCUGCUCGCCGCCGCCGCUGCAGCGCCGGCCACGCUGCAGCAGACGCUCGCGCACACGCACGCGCUGCUGCUGUACCAGGCCAUGCAGCUCUUCGACGACGACGGGGUGCUGCGCGAGACGUGGCAAGAUUGGGCGCUGAAUGAGUCGGCGCGGCGCACUGUGCUGGUUUCGUUUUAUAUGCUGCAGGCGUACCGGGCCAUGACGGGAGGGGUAGAGGGGCAGCCGCCGCGGUGUACGGCGCUGCGGCACGCGUGGACGCUGUCGAGGGCGCUGUGGUGCGCGCGCAACGAGGGCGCGUGGGAGAAGGCGUGGACGGACGGCCGCUGGUGGGUGGUGACGAAUAGCAGGACGAGGUGGGAGAGGAUGACGCACGAGGCUGCGCCGCAGGAUGUGGAUGCGUUUGGGCGGAUGUGGAUGACGGCGCUGAUGGGCGUGGAGGAGGCGGAGGGCUGGUUUGCGAGGAAAGGGGGGGUUUUGAGGGAGAGGGACGGGGAUGAGCUGGACACGGCUGUGGUUUGGUGA